AUGCUCGCUCACCGUCGUAGGGCACAUUACUGCGCAAGUGUAUUAUUGCACCAGUAGGGAGGGAAAAGUUCCCGACCAGACGAACGAAAGAUGCGGAAGCGGAUGAAGAAGUGGAAUCUGAAAACAAUGGCGGUAGAAUCAAGGAGAAUUUGAGAGUUGCCCAAAAGAAUGAAAAACAGAGUAAAACUAGUGUACAGUGAUGAGAAUUACCAUUCGUAUCUAGUAGGAGUACGGUUUGUUAAAUGAGGAGCAGUUGAGCAUAGUACCAAUCUUGAAGAAACCAGUUGAGUUAUCCAAACUGUUGGAGAGAGUGCUGGGUAAAGUGAGGAGGCAGUCUUGUUUCGAUUUUUUGUUGUUGUUGUGAUUCUUCGGAUCAGAAGGGAUGUGCGUUGUGUCCUAACCGAUUUGAUAAGUUUGAAGUCUCGUGUGUGUCUCUUCGGAACAGGGCAUUCCUCAAGUGGUUAUAUCUGGCGUCUCGUGGGAAGUCGAUUUUGAGGUUUUCUUGCUUGAUAGAAGCACGUCGGAUGAAUCGUAUGGUGAAACAGUGAAGAGUAACGUUAUCUGUUCUUAUAUCUUUUGAUAUGGAGUCUCUCCCUACUCAAGUGCAGUUAGAGUAUAUCAACUACAGAGUCAGAGCAUUUAUCCCAAUACCAAUGCAGUGUGAUCAUUGUAAAGCUUUUGGUCAUGUAGCAAGUGUUUGCAGAAGGGAGAAGCCGACAUGUCCAAGUUGUGGAAAUAAUCAUAUUAUGUGUUAUAAAAGUGAUGAAUGUGACAUGUUGCAAUUGCGGAGGGAACCAUGAAGCCACGUCUUCCAAAUGCACCACGAGGGUGAAAGAGAAUGAGGUGGCCAAAGUCAGGGUUGUACAGAGCAUUUCAUAUGCAGCAGCUGUGAAAAGGUUUUGAGUGGUAGUGGAUAGGCCUAGGCUGCAGGGGUUGCCUUUCAUCAGCAGGAUCCUGAUAUGUUAAAGGUUAAAAAGGUGGACUUUGUGGCAUUUAUAGCUAUGGUAAUUAAUGGCACUGCCAAGGUGGAGAGAAGGUCCAGGAAGAUAGAAAUAAUAGUGAUUGCGGCAGAGCGGUUCCUGGGGCUGAAAGAUUGAUCAGCGAAGGAGUUAUAUGGAAUAUUGGCACAAGCCCUACCACACUCUCAGGAAGAUAAAGAUAACCGGGGAAAAAUGAAGUUUUGGCAAUGUAGAAUUUUAUUAGGGUGGAUUAAGUUAGUUUCACUAUUACGUAUGGAUUCAUUUAUUUAAUUUUAUUUGGUUUCAAACCGUCCAGUUGGUGGCGGCAGUACACCUUUUGGGGUGUAGUCCGCGAUAAAACCCACAGAAGAAGUGCGCAUGCUCAACACUUGAACUUGGUUAUGAUUUUGGUCGGCAGCAUGGUUUCUACUGUAGCCGGUAUGGCGGCGAUGUAUGUUGUUCCAUGAGGCAGUGAAGAAGAGCCUUUCAUUCGCACUGAGUGAGAGGGAACAAGCAAAGGCCAUGGCAGGAGUAUUCGACAUUGAUUUGGAUCAGCAGGACGAAAAUGUGUCUGAGGACGAACUCGAGGAUGGAAUCCAAAUGAGCGAAUAUGGGCGACAAUGCAGCGGGUUUGAAUUUAACAUGGAUGACUGUGAAAAGUUUGAAAUCUCUGAAGACAGCGUCAACAAAGGAACAGAGCAGAUUCGUCCGGAAUGCUUUGAGUUGCUCCGAGUUUUAGGAAAAGGAGGCUAUGGAAAGGUUUUUCAAGUUCGUAAGAUGUCGGGUGCCACUUCGGGAAAGAUCUUCGCUAUGAAGGUCUUGAAGAAGGCCAUGAUAGUGCGUAACGCUAAGGACACUGCUCACACCAAGGCAGAGAGGAAUAUCCUGGAGGAGGUGAAGCACCCAUUCAUAGUGGACCUCAUCUAUGCCUUCCAGACAGGGGGCAAGCUGUACCUGAUCCUGGAGUACCUUUCUGGUGGGGAGCUGUUUAUGCAAUUGGAAAGGGAGGGGAUCUUUAUGGAGGACACAGCGUGCUUCUAUCUGGCAGAGAUUUCCAUGGCUUUGGGACACCUGCAUCUGAAAGGCAUCAUCUACAGAGACCUGAAGCCAGAGAACAUCAUGCUCAGCAACAACGGUCACGUCAAGCUCACAGACUUUGGCCUGUGUAAAGAAUCAAUCCAUGACGGCACUGUUACUCACACCUUCUGUGGCACCAUAGAAUACAUGGCCCCAGAGAUCCUGAUGAGGAGUGGACACAACCGGGCUGUAGACUGGUGGAGCCUGGGAGCUCUCAUGUACGACAUGCUGACAGGAGCACCACCAUUCACUGGGGAAAACAGGAAGAAGACCAUUGACAAAAUCUUAAAGUGCAAACUGAACCUGCCACCUUACCUCACACAAGAAGCUAGGGACCUUCUAAAAAAGCUGCUGAAACGCAAUGCAUCGUUACGGCUGGGGGCAGGCCCAGGAGACUCCUCAGAAAUUCAGAGCCACCCGUUCUUCAGGCAUAUUAAUUGGGAUGAUCUUCUCGCUCACAAAGUGGAGCCUCCAUUCAAGCCUUUUCUGCAAUCAGCUGAUGACGUGAGCCAGUUUGACUCCAAGUUCACUAGCCAGACUCCCGUGGACAGCCCUGAUGACUCCACGCUCAGUGAAAGUGCCAAUCAAGUCUUCCUGGGUUUUACGUAUGUAGCCCCCUCCGUCCUCGAAAACAUCAAGGAGAAAUUCCCCUUUGAGCCAAAAGUCAGCUCACCAAGAAGGUUUCUGGGAAGCCCAAGAACACCAGUGAGCCCAGUGAGGUUCGCUGUGGGGGACUGCUGGCCCCGGGCCCCCACCCAGACUGGAACCUCGUCACUUGGGGGUUUUGAGUCUGGAGACCAGCCCAUGGAGGUUGGUGUGGAGCAGAUGGCCAUUUCCUCCGAGGUGUCUGCCCCCCUGCCUAUCAGAAAGCCCUCUGGCAACACCACCACAGGCGGCCCCUUCAAGAAGCAGGCCUACCCCUACCCCAUCUCCAAGCGGCCCAAGCACCUCCAGAUGAAUCUAUGACACUGCUCCAUCUAGAACUUCUUUCCUAAAUCCUCCAUUCACUUAUUUUUUUAUUUUAAGAGACUUAUAGAAAUUAAAUAAAUGACUGACGGACCGUCAGCACCAUUCACCAGCUCCUUCAGACGCACCUUCCAUCCCUGCCUCCCUCCUUUCCUUCCAUCCCUGCCUGUCCCUCUCUCCCUGGUUGGGCAGCUUGGCAGCCACACAGGGCUUUCUACCCUAGCAGAUAUGACAAACUAUAGGAGCCUCCUGUUAGGGAGAGGAGGAACUAGGGAGAGAACUCCCUCCCACCAAUUAGAGCUUUAGUCAGACAGCAAGAGGUCUUGACUACUUCCUUCAGCCCUGUAGAGUAUAUCUAGAGGAAGAGAUGAGAGCAGUGCUGCUAGAUGCUGCUGUCAAAUUCCGGUGUGCUCCACUGGGCUGGCUUCUCAUGACACGCUGGUGGUUUGUGCUUUAGGUGAGCGGGGACAGAGUGUUACUCCUGAUGCAGCAGUGCUUUCCCUCACCAGGAGUGAGACAUUAUUGAUCAAUGAAACUGGGUAAUAGACUUUUAAAGCCUGAGGGUGGAGAUGAUUCCCCCUUAAAUGCCUCUACUUCAUUUUUAGAACUUGCUGACGAGGGGUUACAGGAUCCAUUGUAGCUGAAUACAGUAGAUGGAGUCAAUCACAGUGACACAAUGUACACAGAACACAAUAUUCACUGUAGACUCAGUUACCCUGCUAUAUAUAGUGUAUUACAUUGUUCAAUUUAUAAAAAAUAUGGAAUCAACAAUUCCUUUUUCUGCUUUGUCACUUGAACAUCCCAUCAGGAUAAAUCUUGUAGAACAUGUCUGGGCCGUGUUCUGUAUGUAGAAAACGUAUUGACACUGAGUGAAACAGGAAGGUACAACCUGAACUCGUCCAAUGAGAACAUCGAUUUCCCUGAUCCCUACUUAACAUGACCCUGAGCCACGUUCAGUUGCCAAGCGUUGUUGUACGUUGCCGAUAGAAAUGGCAUGAAUAGAGCUGACAUGAUUCCUUGUUCUACAUGUCUACAUAUCACAUUUAGCCCUGAACGUUGUGUCCUUCUGAACACGCGGUGUCAUUGAUGGAGGGGCAGCUAAAAACACGACGUGUACUAUUUCAGCUGAAUGCAUCACCUCCUGCCCCACUUAUCCUUCAAUACCAAAUGCUGACACUGCUUUACCAGUCUGACUGGAGCUCUAGGUAGAUGGAAAACCAUUUAUGUAUGUAGUACAUUUUUGCGUUGAAUGUAAACUGACUCGAUGGCUUUGAGUGUCACUUACUCAGAUGACCCACAUAAGUUCUCCACGAUUAUGAUGCAUGCAGGUUUAUUAUAAUAUUAUGGACCUAUUCUUUUUGGGCGUCUGCCAAUUUGUGAUUGUCAGAGACCAACCGAGAACUUGUCUUUUUUGUAAUUGAAAGAAGCAAAGCAUUGAGGCCAAAUUCUCGUCACCACUGCCUUUUAGUGUUUAGCUAAUCGCCAGGUUGCAUUUUUCUAAUAGUGUACCUGGCUAGGUGCUUCAUGGAUGCUUCCCUCAGUCUUUAUGCAGCCUUGGUGAUAUCAGUAGGGCUAGUACCUCUGAUUCCAUUUUAUCUAGGGAUUGUUUGAAAUAUGGUGUGACUUGAAGCUUAUGUAUGCAUAUAUGUGGUCUUUAACUGUCUUUGCCUCUGGAGAAAAGCCAUUUGAUCCUCUUCCCCGAACAGGAACAUUUGUCACAUUAAUAAUAAUCCAAUCAUACGGUUCUGUCUAGAGGAAGGCAGCAUGCUUCCUGAGACCUAAACUUGAAAUUAUUCCUUUCUGUCUGGAGAUGUAACAAUAUUUGCUCCAGUGAGUUUAGAUACUGUAGUUUCCCUCCAAUGUGGAGCUAUCAGAUUCACAUGACUAAGAUAACGAUCAUGUUUGUGUGUGUCUGUGAUUUGAUAAACUUGAAAAUAUGCCUCAUUCAAUAAGCAAACAAUUGUACUAUUCUGUAUAUUUUUGAACCAGGCAGUUUUAUUUGGGUUGUUCUCUGGAAUCUGUUAGGCCUACAUCAUGACUGAUAGGUUUGUAGAGGGACACACACAAGUCCUUUUCAAUACAAUUGAAUGUGUAUCCUGACAAAGGAUUUCCUAUUCCAAGACAGGUUUAUUCAAGUAUACAUUUUCACCCCCUUGUCUGCCUGUCAGUGAAGGAAUGGACAAAUUGCUUUGGUUUCAGGUUCCAUUGGAGAGGAUGUUUGGUGUGCUUCAGAGCAACUUUCACCCCCACAGUGACCAUGGCUUACCUUUUUUGAAUAUAUUUAUAACCCAACUUCUGUUUUAUUUUUUAUAAGUGCCAUUAUAUAUAUUUCCACUGCAUCAGUCACACUAUGCAACCAAUGUAUUUAUGUAUUUUGCAUUAUGUUUAAAAAAUGUCUUUAAGUAUGUUUUUUCCAAUGAAUCUGUUUUGAGAAACCUCCAAAUGCAGCAGUUCUUCAGUUUGGAAUAAAGAAUGUCUUAAUAUGUAAGGUGCAAAAUAGAAUCCUAUUGUACGAGGGAUAAGUUCAGAAAGUCAGGUGCAAAAUAGAAUCCUAUUGUACGAGGGAUAAGUUCAGAAAGUCAGGUGCAAAAUAGAAUCCUAUUGUACGAGGGACAAGUUCAGAAAGUCAGGUGCAAAAUAGAAUCCUAUUGUACGAGGGACAAGUUCAGAAAGUCAGGUGCAAAAUAGAAUCCUAUUGUACGAGGGACAAGUUCAGAAAGUCAGGUGCAAAAUAGAAUCCUAUUGUACGAGGGAUAAGUUCAGAAAGUCAGGUGCAAAAUAGAAUCCUAUUGUACGAGGGACAAGUUCAGAAAGUCAGGUGCAAAAUAGAAUCCUAUUGUACGAGGGACAAGUUCAGAAAGUCAGGUGCAAAAUAGAAUCCUAUUGUACGAGGGACAAGUUCAGAAAGUCAGGUGCAAAAUAGAAUCCUAUUGAAGUUCAGAAAGUAAUUUUUUGAUCUUGUGCCGGCUUUAAUUCUGAAAACGUGAUAUUUAAUAAGAUGCCUACAGCGUGUUGAAACAUGGGCAGUUUAGGUGUGUGUGUGAUGAAAAAUACUCACUGAUGCAAAAACGAAUGGGGGGGUUGGGGAUGUGCCUUUCUUGAAGAAAUUGCAUGUAUUUUCAGAUGUGUAUGGAAUGUUCGUUACUGAGGAAGAUGAUUAGACCAUAUGUUUCUCUCUCUAGUGGUAUUUGAUGAAGUGGUUUUCUGUGCUGCUCUAACCUGUUGAUACUGAAAUGAUACUGAUCUGAGUGAUUUCAGAGCUUGAGGACCUUUUUAUAGUUCAGUGUAUGAAUAUGAUUGAUCUUCUCAUUAGAAGACUGCUGCAAACAGUUAAUCAGAGUCAAUAUUUCACCCCUAUAUUUAUUCCUAGACAUUUCAGGGGGUUUGGAUGUUGAUAUGUAAGUGGAUGGAUGUGAACAAAAUAAAAAGCAUUUACUGAG